CAGGUCGUUCAUCUGAAGAGCCUGGGGGAGGAACAGACUAACCUCUGUCUUCAGUAUCCUGCACUUUCCACAUGACGUCACUCUCCGCCCUGUUGAUUUACAUCUUAAUUUAAAACCUGUGUCUUUCACACUUUAACACAUUUUAGGUCCUUUGUGUAAAAUAAGACCUCCCCCACCCCCCGGCGGCGAGAAGUGGAACCACAGCGUGCUGACGGGAGCGCGCGGAGCCUCGUGCACAUCUUUAAUAACACAAGUUGCUGGACUGAUGUCGGAUCUCAGCUCGGCUGCAGGCGGCUCUCCUCCCCUCUGUCCUCCGGGGAACAGCCUCCUCUCGUCGGCCUCCAGCAGGGACCUGAGCAGCGUCUCGCUCGGAGCGGCCUGGCCGCGCUGGGUCGCUCUGAGGGCGGCUACUGGCCUCCAGAGAGACCCGGAACUGGCCCUGCUGCUGCUGGACCACUAUGAGCGGGUGUCUUCUCAAGCAUCAGACCCUCCUCUCCCUCCUCAGAGUUCAGCUUCCUGUCGGAUUGGAGCGUCCCAAGAGCAGGAGGACCUCGACCCCCCCGCCUGUCUGGGGGCCGACCUGCCGAUGGUGGGACCCAGAGAGACGAUGGCCUCCCCUGAGAGUCCGGGGCUCACGGCAGAGGACGUCGUAGGUUUCCGAGAUGCCAUCGUGUCGGAGCAGCGGCUCCGUCAGCUGGCGGCGCUGACCCAGCUUCCUGUCAGGCGCUGUCGCCAGGCAACGUGCCGGAGAACCUCCCCCUUCCAGUUCCAACUGCAGCACAGGGCCACAGCCUUCACUCUCACAUGGGUGUGUCCCCGCGGUCACGCAGUCUGGAGCUGGAGCUCGCAGCCUGGCCUGAAAGGACCCCCCCCAGACAUCCUGAAGGUGAUCGUUGGUGAAGAGGAGCCAGAGCCCCCCCCUCACAUUAAAGAGGAACAGGAGGAGGCUGACAUAAAGUCAACCUUCACUCCCGUCCCUCUGAAGAGUGAAGAUGAAGAAGAGGAGCCUCAGUCCUCACAGCUUCAUCACAGACAGACUGUGGAAACAGAGGCUGGUGGAGAGGACUGUGGAGGACCAGAACCAGCCAGGAGCUCAGAUCCAGAGACAGGCUUACAGCCAGAGACCGGGGACAACACUGGAGACUCCUCUGAGACCGAGGUCAGCGAUGGAGACUGGGAGGAGACUGGGGGCUCUGGCUCUCAGGAGAAGAAGAAUGAACUUCCUGUGGAUAUUGACUGUAACGUGGAGCGGUCAUUCAGCUGCUCAGAGUGUGGCCAGAGGUUCGGCAGGAAGCCACAUCUGUACGCUCACAUGAGGAUUCACACCGGGGAGAAACCCUUCAGCUGCUCCUUCUGCGGGAAGAGAUUCUCCCAGAAGGGAAACUCCAUCAGCCACAUGCGACUGCACACCGGGGAGAAACCCUUCAGCUGCUCCAUCUGCAGCAAGCAGUUCAGGUACAGCGGAGACGUGAGCCGGCACAUGAAGAUCCACACAGGAAAGAAGAGCGUGGCUCACAGACACAUGGGGGGGGAUCAGUCACAGCCCGACCUCAAAGACAAGGCUUCAGAUCUGGAGACCAAAGGCAGCGAGGAGAGCAGCGAGCCUCUACUUUCUGAAGAAGUCAUGGAGGAGCGAUGUGAGGCUGACAAAGAGUUGUUCAGCUGCUCUGAAUGCAGCCGCACGUUCUGCCGCCGCGACCAUCUGAUGAGCCACAUGAGGAUUCAUACCGGAGAGAAACCCUUUAGUUGCUCCGUCUGCCAGAAGCGCUUCAGCUGCAGUGGCAAUAUCCUGGCUCACAUGAGGAUUCACACGGGGGAGAAACCGUUUAAGUGCUCGUUCUGCCAGAAGAGCUUCAGCCAGAAGGGAACUCUGAAGCUUCACCUGCGGAUUCACACGGGGGAAAAACCCUUCAGCUGCCCCUUCUGCGAGAAGAGGUUUGCACACAAGCGGCGGAUGACGCUGCACAUGUCGGUUCACACGGAGGAGAAGCGCUUCAACUGUGGCGCCUGCAACAGGAAGUUCACCUGGUACACUCAGCUGAAAACACACCAGUGUGUCGGCGAGUCAUCGCAGCGCCCACAGAGCCAGAUGGAGAAAACCUCCGGAGCUAAAGAAGCAUUCAGCUGCCCGGGCUGCGACAAGACGUUCAGCCUGAAGGGAAACCUGAAGACACACAUGAGGAUUCACACGGGGGAGAAACCCUUCAGCUGCUCAGUCUGCGGCAAAAGCUUCAAACAGAACGUCCAUCUGACGGAGCACAUGACCAUCCACACCGGGGAGAAACUGUACAGCUGCAGCGUCUGCGGGAAGGGUUUCAACAAGAAGUCUCUCGUCACAAACCAUCCCUGUUUUAAAUCCUGAACUUGCGGGUUCAUAUUGAAGAUGAGCAGUAACCAUAGGGUUCAGAGGAGGGAAGACAUCCUGUCCCGGCCCCGCCCCUUUCUGGGUGAAACCAUCCGCUGUCAUGUGACCGGCACUAAACACAGAAUCUGACGUUUUCACUAAUCGCAUAAAAAUAAAAACCUGCUCAACGACCACAGUCCCUUCUUUCACUUUUAACAUUACAACAGUUUAUUCUGACGUUAGCAUCAUUAGCUCUGUGGAGAUCAUCUAUAGGGUCUCCAGGAAGCUCCUCCCUGCUGGCUCUUCUUCAUGGCUCUGGGAUUAGCCCCUGAACUCAUCACUGAAAUGUUUUACUUUGAAAAACAUUUGAAAUGCCUGCAUUCCCUUUCUGGAAUAAAUGUAAUAUGUAUAUAAAGAUUUAAAAAAUA